AUGGCCUCUCCCAUCUCCUCUCCUCUCGGCCCGCUUCACCUCGCGCACCCCGCCGACCAGGCGCAGCCCAUCCGAACCCUGCUCUCGCUCUUCCGCCGCUCCCGCACGACGUCGAACUCUGCCAACCCUAAGGCGAAAUCCGUCUCCACGCCGCGACGCCUCGAGAAGGCCGCCAACCUCCUCUGCCACAUCGACGACACUUGCGGGAACACCUUUAUCGCUCAAACGGCAGAACCGUCGUCGCCUCCUCCCCCUUACUACGUCGCCGCGGGACAAGAGGAAGAUCUCGUCUGCCUAGAGGUUGGAGAGGUCGUCGAGGCCGCGAGGAAGCAGGACGAAUUGGCGAGGCAGAGGCAGGAGUUGUUGGAGCAGGACCGACGGAUGGGCGAAGAGUUGGCUCGUCUUGGUUUCUGA